CGGAUGCUAGGUACCUCUCAUUUUCCGUUAAAUGCUGAUCACAUUCAGUUUAGUUAUAGAAUCAGUUUGGCUGGCAUUGAGAGCACGAGCAUUCAUUCUCCUGAGUCUUCAGUGAGUAUAAAAUUAUAUAAGCUACGUUGACGAGAACGAUUCCGCUUAAAAUGUCGGUGUUGGGAUUAUGGAUUUUGGCAUCAUUGUUGGGAUGUUGCAUAGGAUUCGUUACUGUUCAGCGGUCAGCUCGACACCACGAUUGUCAUAGGCGGCCACAUGCCUACCAAUGGCAAAUUGCGAACGUCCAACCACGUGACUAUCAGCCUAGUGAUUACGGUAGCUACUAUAACCCCAAGUCAGUCGAAAAAUUCCAUCAGCCAGACCCGAAACUCUACAAGUCAAAACAGGAUCCCUGUCCGUCUUCUUUCGAAGAAGGCCAAAAGCUACUUCAAGUAUACCGUCUGAUUCGGGUGAUCGUCCUUUUUCGGCUACAGACCAAAGCACACUCAUCCUCACUGGACAAAUUAGUGGAACGGUUGGUCAAACUCCAGGAUCAGCUUAAUAAGUUGGUUUACCACGUUGAUGGAUACGAGGAAGUUGCUGCACUAAAACAAGGUGAUCAUGAACCCGAUUCUGACAUGUUUGUACAUGACAUCGGUCGAUUACUACUGGCGAUCCAAAAGGCACUGAAUGGUUUAGACUUGGAUGAUGAAGAUAAUUAUUAUAACUAUCCUCAGCACCGCUUCCGUCAAGAUCACCGCCCUAAAGGAAAUGGAUGCUGUAAAGCACAUGGAGAGCUCUGCGAAGAAUUACGCCAGCUCAGGGAUCAAGCGAAUGCGUUGACUGUGGCCCAUGUCAAGAAGGAAAUGCUAUAUGGGGCUAAACUUCAAGCUAAGGAGAGUGAUUCGUUUGAUUUCAAUAUCUAUGAACAGUAUUUGCCAGAACCAUACAACUAUGAAGAGGCACAGUUGCCUCAGAGUUAUCAAUUCGAUGAACUGGAUGAAUUGGUCAUAGGAUUAGAGCUUUUAUUACAACAGCAAAUGAUGAUCGCCAAAGCUAUGCAGUUUGAUGAUCAGACGCAAGUUGUACCAGCGCCUGUUAUCGAAGACGUUAUUAUUCCAACGACUACCACGUUAGCUACUCCUGUUAUUCCGCCCGCUGCCAACGAACCAUGGUUAGGAUCAUUUUUCUCCAAGGGAAAUCUUUUGCCCGGUCAUCAGAAGGUCAAUCCAGCGAAGAAGGAAAACGGUGAUCUGGAUGAGCAAAAAAGACAAGAAGAAGCCGAAGAUAUUGCAGAGGAUGCAACAGAAGGAGCAGAGGAAGAAGCUCGGGAGCUCCCUGAGGGUCAGGAAGAACUACAACCAGCACAGGAGAACGCUGACGGACCAUCCAGAUUAGAUCUGCUGGCUGAUUUAGUGGACCAAAAGGAGGCAAAAGCUACAACGCAACCGAUGUCAAUAAAAUCCCGGCAUAAUUAUCUUUAAUUUUUCAUUGCAUCGUUUUUACAAAUGGUUUGUGGCUUAGUUCAACAUGUUCAUAAAUUAACCUGUAUAUUCGAUGGAAUCAUAAUAAAAACCUUAAAAGUUUAAACAG